GCACACUUGUCACUUGAAAUCCACGUACGCCAAGCUGCCUCCAAACCUCCGUCCCGCCUCUCGUUCCAUCCCGCCCCUACUGGCACCAUCGCGACGGCCGGCGGCGGCCACAUACGCUCAGACGGAUCUCAUGGCAGCCACCUGUUCGACGUCCACGUCGUCCGCGUGGCGCCGCUCGGUGAGGCGCCGCACGCCGGUGAGCCAGCGAAAGGAGGACGAGCGGGAGCUGGGGCGGAGGGUGGAGAAGCUGGAGGAGGCGGUGGAGGGACUUCGCGGGGAGAAAGACGCGGCGGAGGUGGAGGAGACGGCGCUACGCGCGGAGCUGGACGCGGAGCGGGGCGCGGCGGAGACGGUGGCGAGCGAGACCAUGCUGAUGAUCGAGCGGCUGCAGCGUGAGAAGGCGUCCGCGCUCCUGGAGGCGCGCCAGUUCCGCCGCCUCGCGGAGGGACGCGACGAGCGUGGCCGCCAGCUCCAGGACGAGCUCGCGUCGCUCUCGGCCAUCGCAGGUGGCUACCUCUCCCUCCUCCGCGCCCACGCCAUCGAACCCGACGACGAGGACGGGCGCCUGCAGCAGGAGGAUGCUGGCAUGGAUGUAAUAAAGGGCGUGUUUGUCCAGAAGUCGCCGCCGCCUCCUCCUGCGGCGAAGGAGUUGGAGUACACGGCAGACUUGGGGUGCGCGACCGCGACGAAGGCCGUGAUGGCGGUGGCGGAAGAGCAGCGUAUCGUCGUCGUCCAUGGCGCGGUGGACCUGUACGCGAGGGUGGACGCACUGGAGGCGGACCGGGCGGCGACGCUUAGGGAGAUGGCGUCGAUGCGGGCUGAGCCAGCGCGUGUGGUGCUAGGGAGGGAGAUGGCGCGGAGGCUGUGCCGGGACGCGGUGGCCGUCGAGAGGCCGGGAUGCGUCGCGACGGUGCAUAAACCACGCAUCUCCGUGCCCGCCAUUUGCAAGUGGCUCUUCUCCAUGAUCCUAAGGAGAAAAAGAUGUUCUACGGUCAGGUUGACGUUCGGCUUGUCGACGGCACUCCUCGGCAUGUUUGUGCUUCUGGAGAGAUCAGCCUCGGCGCUGCAUCGUCGCCGCCUGCGUCCACCGCGGCUACCACAUAUGUGAUGGCCUGAUUCAUAGCACCUCCAAGCUCUCGGUCCUGCAAGUGCAAACAAACAUUUGGAGGCUACUACGGGAGCUUGGAUUGGUAGCUGGAGGCUGGAAGUGCAAACAAAUUAAUCUACUCUUGAUUUGGUCCAUUUUCGCAUCAGUUGUCCUAACCCGUAAACGAUCGGAUCGGAUCGGAUAUUUCUAUUACCAUAUUUUUUACCA